CGUGUUUGCCUUACAUGGUACAUCAACAAAUAGGAACUAUCGUCGAGUUAAGUCUUAUACUUAGACUAGGUCUUGCAUGUCAUACCUAGAUAACGGGUUGAAUCCAAGAUUUUUAAGUUCGAAAUCUGAGUCGACCUUCAAAACUCCACCAAGUUAUCCAGUAUCCAGCCCAUCGUAUUGUCGUGAACUGUCAAAGCUCGUUACCACGUCGUCAGCGUCAGAACUGAUCCGUUCCUGAUGCCAAAAGUUUCACAGUAGUAUUUCGAUCCAUCCUAACCCUACCGCCUAAGCUCUCUAUACUUUUUGCCAUCUUGAGAAAAUGGUCUCGAAAGACACACUGGUCUCUUAAUCCUUCGGGUCGUGCAAUGCUCGCCAUACCGUCAGUGUUAUGACCGAGAGAAACAGAUAUUAUGCAAUAGUUGUAUUAUGUAUGAGUAUGUACACCCUCAAAAUAAAAUAGUUUAAAAAUUAAGAAAAACACAACUAUUCACUUAGCACAGAAAUGAACCUAUACGGUAUAAUUAUUUAAUCCAACACAUGAAUCCAAGGCACGAUAUAACAGUUAACAUAUGCUUUUAUCUGAAUGUUCCCAUGUUUAUGAAUUCUUUUUCAAGUCAAUUAUCAUGUUCAUCAAGAAAACAUGCGUUAUUAUUAUGCGCUAUUCUUUUUCUGUUGUCGGUUUGCAGUGUGAUCGGAGUGAAUGAGCUAGAAUCCAAGAUAAUCGGUGGACGCAGAGCUCACCAGGAAGAAUUUCCGUAUGUAGUAUGCGUUCGAGGUCAAUUCCUAUGCAGCGGUGUACUUGUGGAUUUGAAGACGGUGCUGACUGCGACCCGUUGCUUUUAUCGUGCGAAUAGGUUGGUAUCUUUGAGCAAAGUGCAAGUAAUCGCCGGUGCAGUCAAUCUGGCUGACUCGACUGCACAGACAAUCGGCGUAUCGACCUUAAUCAGACAUGAAAAAUAUCUCUUCAUAAGAACCAACAGUUCCUACCGGACCGAGUACGACAUAGGCAUGGCACGCUUACUGUUUUCCUUCGAAGAGAGUCCGACGCUGAAACCUUAUUCCGUAUUUCCCUUUCAUUCGGCAGAAGAGAUGGAAGAUUCUUUUCAUGAAACUCAAAAAGCGGGCUCUAGAUGUUGGAUGAUAGGUUUCGGAUUGAUUGGAACCAAGAAAUUAGUUUAUUCCAUGCAAGUUAUCGAGAUAUAUAUUUUGCCUGAUUCGGGUUGUCAAAAUAUAUCCGGGAAUGUAAAUGAACCUGUCAUUUGCGCCCAGUCCGCUGAACCAGAAAAGGUUAGGGCGAUCGGUGGCGAUUUCGGCAACCCGCUCGUCUGCGGAAGAAGAUACUUUGGUGUGGAUCGAGACGCCAUCACAAUAAACAACAUAUCUACAAUUAUCUUCACACCGAUUUGGCCAUACUUGGAGUACUUUAAUUUAAACCUGAAAUCGUCGGGAACAGUUCCAUCGCUUCGUAUCUUUUGGUGUUUGACAGGUUUUCUAAUCCUUGCCAUAAUAUAUCAAUUGUAGUUCUAAAUAAAUAUGUAUGCAUUUUCCACGCGUUAAACUAUCACAGUCAUCUAAAGUUUCUAAUAAAUUUUUUUUUAGCGUCCAGGGCUAAUCCUUAACUACCAACAUAUGAUACUGUACUUUAAAUGUUGGUAAGAACAAAACACAG